CGCGUCACGUGACGACUGGCCCCGCCUCUUCCUCUCGGUCCCAUAUUGAACUCGAGUUGGAAGAGGCGAGUCCGGUCUCAAAAUGGAGGUAAAACCGCCGCCCGGUCGCCCCCAGCCCGACUCCGGCCGUCGCCGCCGCCGCCGGGGGGAGGAGGGCCACGAUCCAAAGGAACCAGAGCAGUUGAGAAAACUGUUUAUUGGUGGUCUGAGCUUUGAAACUACAGAUGAUAGUUUAAGAGAACAUUUUGAGAAAUGGGGCACACUCACGGAUUGUGUGGUGAUGAGAGAUCCCCAAACAAAACGUUCCAGGGGCUUUGGUUUUGUUACUUACUCUUGUGUUGAGGAGGUGGAUGCAGCGAUGUGUGCUCGACCACACAAGGUUGAUGGGCGUGUAGUGGAACCAAAGAGAGCUGUAUCUAGAGAGGAUUCUGUAAAGCCUGGUGCCCAUCUAACAGUGAAGAAAAUUUUUGUUGGUGGUAUUAAAGAAGAUACAGAAGAAUAUAAUUUGAGAGACUACUUUGAAAAGUAUGGCAAGAUUGAAACCAUAGAAGUUAUGGAAGACAGGCAGAGUGGGAAAAAAAGAGGAUUUGCUUUUGUAACUUUUGAUGAUCAUGAUACAGUUGAUAAAAUUGUUGUUCAGAAAUACCACACUAUUAAUGGGCAUAAUUGUGAAGUGAAAAAGGCCCUUUCUAAACAAGAAAUGCAGUCUGCUGGAUCACAAAGAGGUCGUGGAGGUGGAUCUGGCAACUUUAUGGGUCGCGGAGGAAACUUUGGAGGUGGUGGGGGUAACUUUGGCCGCGGUGGAAACUUUGGUGGAAGAGGAGGCUAUGGUGGUGGAGGUGGCAGCAGAGGUAGUUAUGGAGGAGGUGAUGGUGGAUAUAAUGGAUUUGGAGGUGAUGGUGGCAACUAUGGUGGUGGUCCUGGCUAUAGCAGUAGAGGAGGCUAUGGUGGUGGUGGAGGGCCAGGAUAUGGAAACCAAGGAGGCGGUGGAUAUGGCGGCGGUGGUGGUGGAGGAGGAUAUGACGGUUACAAUGAAGGGAAUUUUGGCGGUAACUAUGGUGGUGGUGGGAACUACAAUGAUUUUGGAAAUUACAGUGGACAACAACAAUCAAAUUAUGGACCCAUGAAGGGGGGCAGUUUUGGUGGAAGAAGCUCGGGCAGUCCCUAUGGUGGUGGUUAUGGAUCUGGUGGUGGAAGUGGUGGAUAUGGUAGCAGAAGGUUCUAAAAACUCAGCAGAAAAGGGCUACAGUUCUUAGCAGGAGAGAGAGCGAGGAGUUGUCAGGAAAGCUGCAGGUUACUUUGAGACAGUCGUCCCAAAUGCAUUAGAGGAACUGUAAAAAUCUGCCACAGAAGGAACGAUGAUCCAUAGUCAGAAAAGUUACUGCAGCUUAAACAGGAAACCCUUCUUGUUCAGGACUGUCAUAGCCACAGUUUGCAAAAAGUGCAGCUAUUGAUUAAUGCAAUGUAGUGUCAAUUAGAUGUACAUUCCUGAGGUCUUUUAUCUGUUGUAGCUUUGUCUUUUUCUUUUUCUUUUCAUUACAUCAGGUAUAUUGCCCUGUAAAUUGUGGUAGUGGUACCAGGAAUAAAAAAUUAAGGAAUUUUUAACUUUUCAAUAUUUGUGUAGUUCAGUUUUUCUACAUUUUAGUACAGAAACUUUAACAAAAUGCAGUUUUGAAGGUGUUUCCUUGUGAGUUAACAAGUAAAGAAGAUCAUUGUUAAUUACUAUUUUGUAUGAAUUUUGCUAAAGUUAACUGUAAAGAAACACCUGCUGACUUGCAGUUAAGGGGAAUCUAUUCUCCCCAUUUCCAAACCAUGAAAUAAAUGGGCUCUGACAUGUGGAGAGAAUAGAUAUUUGUAUGUUUGCAAUGUGUGUUUUAGAUAAAUAGAAUUGGGUAUUUAAAUUAGCAUAUUUGUGACUUCAAUAGCAUUAAGAUUUACCUUCAAAUGAAAAAUCUCAAAAUUCCGUUUUGGUUUUGUGCAUUUUCUUUUAAAAUGUAAUGACGAUUUUAGUGUGUUAGAUUUGCUGCGAGUCCUAGCUGUGUUUAGAACAUCUCCAUCCUACAUUCACUUUGGUCACAUGUGAACUGCUGCCAUAGUUUUAUUUGGGUGUAAGAAAAUGUCUACUACCCUCUUUAGAUUCUGGAAAGGGGUAGUGGAUGUUUUCCCUUUCCUCCUACAUUAAAAACAUUAAAAAAACUUCAAAGUAAUAGGACCACUAAGCCUGCUGUAUCUGAGCAAAUUAGUGGCUACCUUUUUUUCCUUUUUAAAGCACAAGAGACCCACAAAUCUUCAGUUAUUUUCCUUGGUUUAAUAAUAUAUUUUUUUGAUACAAGCUCUCAAAGCAAGAGAAUAAAAAUCAUGCAUUGUUGAACCCUUAACUGGCUGGCAUGCUUUACUGUUUGUACCCUCUACAUUUUACUGGAUGAACCAAGGGCAGUCUAGGUAUAAUCGUCCCAAAUGACUUAAUGGGGUAGAAAUGUACCACACUUGCUUAGGACAAGCUUCUCACUUCCCAAAGACAUGGAUUCAAAUUUGGAUGUUCAGUUCUUACUCAAAAUCUCAGAGAACACACUUAUUCCACGUGUACGCUUGAACCUAAAUCAUGUUGGUAUGAGCUAAUUUGUUUGGAAGACCCUGGUUGAGAUUUUUAGGUAAUGAGGUCAUAUAUAUAUAAAUCAAUGUCUACUGUUGCGCCAGCCUACUGCUUACAGUUUCAUUCGAGCCCUAAGUAUGUGCCCUGCUGUUACUAUUUCUUUGGCAGUUGAACAUUGAAUUCAAGAUUAUUUUUGUUUUAAGAGGUACUAAGCAAAACAAGCAAUAAAAAGGGGAAUGGGGCGUGCUAGUGUUUGCAUAUGCUCUCUUGUUGCUCUAAUUCUGUGCCUCUGCAUUAAUAUUUGGAUGCAUGCAAU